AUGGCAGCUCACAACUUCAACGGCGACUCUCACGACAUGGCCGGCCUUGCCUACUUUGACCACUCGACGGCAAAGCGUGUCAAUACGGACAUUGUGCUCGUCGAGGCCCUUCGCACCCAGUAUCCGAACCUCGAUCUCGUCAUCGCGCCCCAGCAAGGCGGGCUCAAUCUCCUGGCCUAUGCCUCUGCUGGCUUCGCAAAGGUGACACCGCUCGAAGACACUGUCAAUGACCCCGUCUACGGGUUGGGCGUAAAAUGGCGCUCGUAUAUCCCACCAGCUCGGAGGCUUGACACCAGGCCUGGCGCCAUGGUCGAACGCCUUGUCUUUGGCAAGUUCCUGUACAAGUGGAAGGACCAAGAGUUCAUCGUGUACAUUGCCGACGGCCGCGACGGCGCGCAACCGUACCCUUCCGUCACGAAUCACUACAUCCUCACUAAAAUGGAGCACAAGGUGGACGCGCUGAUCAAGGAGGCUACAACAUGGAGCGCGCAGCUGCACAACGAGGUCUGGGUGUUUGACGGCGGGUAUUGGCAGAAGAGUGCUGAGCUGUAUGCCUCAGUUCAGAACGCCAGCUGGGAUAGCGUGAUUCUCAAUGAAGGAAUGAAGAAGUCACUCAUUGCCGACGUGGAGAACUUUUUCGACGGACAAGACACGUACCAGAAGCUCAAGGUACCGUGGAAACGCGGCAUCAUAUACUAUGGUCCGCCAGGUAAUGGUAAGACUAUUAGUAUCAAGGCCAUGAUGCACAGCCUCUACCAGCGCGGCGUAGACGGGGACUCGCGUCUCGCCGUACCAACUCUUUACGUACGCACCCUUUCCUCCUUCGCUGGCCCAGAAUUCGCGAUCAAACAGAUUUUCGCCAAAGCCAGACAGGAAGCACCCUGCUACCUCGUCUUCGAGGACCUGGAUUCUAUCGUCAGUGACAGCGUGCGGUCGUACUUCCUCAACGAAGUUGAUGGACUCAGGUCCAACGACGGCAUCCUGAUGGUGGGUUCUACCAACCAUCUCGACAGGCUAGACCCUGGUAUUUCGAAGAGACCGAGCCGAUUUGACCGGAAAUACUACUUUCCGAACCCCAGCUAUGAUGAGCGCGCCCAGUACGCCAAGUUUUGGCAAGGCAAGCUCGAGGAGAACAACGAUCUUGAUUUCCCCGAUAAACUCUGCGCUAAGAUUGCUGAGAUCACUGACAAGUUCUCCUUCGCAUACAUGCAAGAAGCCUUUGUAGCCUCGCUUCUGGCCAUUGCCGCACGAGGCGGGCAAGAUAUCAACGAUGCAGAGCGCGAGUCGGAGCGAUGGGCUGGACCCCUGGACCCCAUGACACAUAUCAACCAGGACGCGUUCGUGGUCAGGGUGGAUAAUGAGGGCCGAGAGCCAGACAUUGAGAAACUAGAGUUGUGGAUCGAAAUCCAGAAACAGGUCAAGAUUCUGCGCGACGAGAUGGAGGAGAAGAGCGUGCCGAAGGCGCUGGAUUGGUUUGGCAACCCUGUCAAGGAUACUUCGCGUAGUGUGACGACGUUUAGAGACGAACUUGAUGCGGUGUUGCACGGUAGGAGUGAGAAGAAGUAG